ACUAGAUAUUGUUGAAUAAAGUCGUUAUUUAGUUUUUUUGGCGCACAAAAAGUAUUCUCGUCACUUCAUAACAUUAAAGUUGAACCACUGUAGUCAUAUGUUUAAAAUACGUCUUAUAGCUUUCUGGGUAUUGAAAGUGUUAAUUGUCUUGCUGGCAAUGCAGGCAUCGGGUUUUAUGAAAAAUAUCUUAAUUUGUGUUCCCAAGAUGAACGAAGGUCUUACAGUUGUGGAACGAUAUGAGGGUGAGUAAUUAAUGACAGAAUUUACAUUUUAGGGUGAACUAACCCUUUAAGACAUGUUUUAAAAAAUUGGCACAACAUUUGUUCAUUUAAUCACUGUUGGGAAUCAAUAUCUUUAGCAGAUGUAUGUUUCCAGCCUACUCCAGAAGACUUUUUUUUUUUUUUUUUUUUUAAAGAUGCUCAUUUGCAUAUUCUUUUAGCACCAAGGAGCAAGUUUGCAAGCUAUUCAUUGCACUUCUUGGCCUAUUUGAAUAGUUAAAUCAAGAUUUGAUUGCCAAAUGUGGUUGUCCUGCUCAUGAGACGAGUGGCAAGAAAUGAUCAGAACCAAUGAUAUAAAACAAUGCAUUUUAGCAUUUUUUAAAUUCCCUGUUCUUUGCUCUGUUAUAUCAGGCAUUGCUUAAUGCACGCGUUCAUUUGUUUUCAGUAGUUUAUAAUAUGUACAAUCAAAAUUACUUUUCCACACACACACACACACACACACACAAAAAAAACUUUCACAUAGUUAAGUUAACAUGCUUUCAUCACAGUCGUCCACUGGCAACCUGGAAAUUCGUUCCUUUAUGGCAGUGUGGCAUAUUAUUUUAGCAUAUCUGUUUGUUAUAAUGUAGUUUGUGAAUAACACCUGGGGUCAGUCAGAGGUAGGGAGGGAGGGGCUCGAGGGGGUUAAUGCUGCUUUCUGUACAAAGGUUUCUUACAACUCUAGAAACAGACAUUCACUCAUCCUCUGAGGACUGCGCGACGGAGCACCAGACGAGUGACAUCCAAAGGUUUGCAUGUCUUAUUACUUAUUUAUUUUUGUUUAUUUGUAGUGAUUUUUUGUUCAUCAAUGUCUGAUCAUAAACUUUUCAAGCUUUAUUUUGUGGAACUGUCUGUUUGUUGUUAAAUGACACCAUGAUUUUGAGUCUCUUUUUUAACAUGAAAGGGCAUAUAUUGUGAGGACUCAUUUAAUAUCAUUUUUAUAAUUUAGCAUUUAUUUAAUAAUAUAGUUUAAUAAUUAAAUUAAAUGAAAUAUACUAACUAUAGGGUAUCAUAUAGGCCUAAGAGCUUUUUCAUUCAUUAUUUGAAUUUAAUUAUUGUCUGAAAAAUUCCCCUGAAAUGAUCAAACAUAAACAUCCCAUUUUCAUUCAGUCCAAGAGUUGCACAAAUAUUCAUAAGACACUUAAAACUCUGUUGAGCAUUUUCCUAAAGUUAAAUCACAUUUUAACUCAUUGUUGAUCAGUACUCAAUUAUCAAAGUACUGUUGCUGAAGUUGUUUUCAAUUAUAUUUUCAGUUAUUGCUGCUUAUCGGUACAAUAACUUUUGUCUCUUUUCAGUCACUAUGCUGUACUUUCUUAGCUUCAUUCUGCUUCUGGACUGUGUAGAAAAUGCAGCUGUCAGUACAACCAAUAACGCUAUGGUGAGGUUGGUGAAUGGUGAUAAUGAAUGUUCCGGAAGGGUCGAGAUUUACAAUGAUGACUGGGGCACCAUUUGUGAUGAAGGGCUGGAUGAAAUCGAAGGCGAAAUGAUCUGCAUAGAAGCAGGUUGCAGUUCUCUCAUAUCCAUAAAGCGUGGUGCUUUGUUUGGCGAGGGUUCGGGACCAUUACUGACGGAUGACCUGAACUGUUUUGGGAAUGAGAGCUCGGUGCUCAACUGUGAAUGGGAUAACCACACCGACACGUGUGACCACACGAAAGACGUUGGAGUUGUCUGUGGCUCCAUCAUAAGGUUUCAAGAUGGCAGUGACAUGUGUUCAGGGAGAGUGGAAAUUUUCCACAACAGAGAAUGGGGAACGGUCUGUGACACCACCUGGGAUUUCAUGGACGCAUUGGUGGCAUGCACAGAAGGUGGCUGUGGAAGUCCAGUGGCUUUAUACUACAAUGCUUAUUUCAAGCAGGGAUCGGGUAAAGUAUGGAUGGAUGGCAUCAGCUGCAAGGGCCGUGAGACUUCAUUGAAAAAUUGUGUGUUUAGCGGUUGGGGAUUGAGUACCUGUACACAUGCGGAUGAUGCUGGAGUCACCUGUUCAGGUGGGUAUUCCCCCACUUGAGUCUAAAAUGAAAGUAAAGAAAUACACUAUAUCUUUACAUACACUGAUUUUCAUCAAUCCAAGGCUACGUUCACACUUUUUGGGAUUGAUGAACAGAUUUACCUAAAGGUGUGAGUCUCGAAAUAUCCCGUUCACACAGCAACUAUACAGUAGCAUCUCAAAUACUGAAAUACGUCAAGAGUCCAAUCAAGCUGUGAGUUAAUCUGUCAAAUCUUCAGUAACCGUGGUUGUGAGUCCUGAAAAUGUACAGGUGCGAGUACAGUUAUAGAAUGCGGUUGUCACUCUCCUGUAAAUACCGAAAUGUGUGUGAAUGUAACUGUAUUAAGGACUCAAAUACAGAAAUGACAACCAUAGUUUAUUUCUGCGUGAAUGUGGCCUAAAUGAAUCCAAUCCGAUUUCAGAUUCUUGCUUAUAUGAACACUAAACUUUGCAUUCCCAUUAGACUUGGCGGGUUUGUUUUCAGGCAGACCAUUAAAGAAUGCAACACGCACAUAUCCCGUUUCCAUUUUUGUGUGCCUUAAAGGGAUAGUUCACCUAAAAAUGAAAAUAACCCCAUAAUUUACUCACCCUCAAGCCAUCCUAGGUGCAUAUGACUUUCUUCCUUCAGCUAAACACAAUCAGAGUUAUAGUAAAAAUAUCCUGGCUCAUCCAAGCUUUAUAAUGGGAGUGAUUGUAGGAUGAGUUUUUGAAGUCCAAAAAACUGCAUCCAUCUAUCAUAAAAUGUACUCCACGCAGCUCAAGGGUCUUAUUAAAGGCCUUCUGAAGCAAACUGAUGCAUUUGUGUUAGACAAAUAUCCUUAUUUAACACUUUAUAAAGUAAAAUACUGAGCUUCCGGUGCAACAGCCAUAUGCCUUCGACUUAUGUCCAAAAAGCGUCAACUUCUACGAUGUAGUAAACAAUGACAAGACGCACUACGCAUUAUAACAUAGGACAUAGGCAUUGAACAUCAUGGCAUUGUGUACUACGUCAUGGAAGUUAAUGCUUUUUGGAUGCAAGUCGAAUGCAUAUGGCUGUUGCACUGGAAGCUCGGAUGUCUUGAGGGUGAUUAAAUUAUGGGGUAAUUUUCAUUUUGGGGUGAUCUAACCCUUUAAGCAUCAGACGUUCAGUCAGCGGCCCAUCGUCAUGACAUCUGAGCCUGAGACUACAUUAAGAUUAACAUUUUUGUUUACAUGUGUAUUCGGGUAUUCAGAAGAAAACUUCAGCGCAUGCGCAGUAUAUGUGGAGCUACCAUCAGUAUAAUAGUCAUUUUUUGCAUUCUUUUUUCUGUAUAGGUUAUGGUUAGCUGACAAGCUGAGCUUUUUUAUAUUUAGUAAAUAGUCUCCUCCACUGAGCAGCUCGUAACACGUAAUCAAACUAGGUUUUUUCCAAUUGAUAGGAUUAUUCCAGGUCAACACCACCCCUUUCAAUCCAAUUGAAAUGUAAUUCGGAUCGAGCUCAGCUGGAUCAAUUGAGGUGUUUACAUGAAGGCUUUUCUAUCUGUGACUAACAGAUUAUUUGAGUGCAUCUAAACGUAGCUACUGUAAGCUCAUGCUGGUAGAGCAUUUUACUCACAAACGUCAUCCUUUCUUUUCUUUAGAGGUUAGGCUUAUAGAUGGAGAUAACUCUUGCUCCGGGAGGGUGGAGGUCCUCUAUGAAGGUUAUGGAUGGGGAACGGUUUGCGAUGACGGUUGGAAUCUGUUGGGUGGAGAUGUGAUCUGCAAACAGGUCAAUUGUGGGAGUGGACUGAGUGUCGUGGGUGGAUCGUUUUUUAAUAAGGGUUCAGGUAGUAUAUGGGUGUAUGACACUGCAUGUUCUGGGACUGAAAUAUCUCUGAAAAGCUGCAUUUCAGGGACCAAGAGUAAACAGUUUCCACACAACAAUGAUGCAGGAGUGAUCUGCAGAGAGGCCAAACUGGUAAAUGGCACAAACAUUUGUUCUGGCACAGUACAGAUUCGUUAUAGUGGAGAUUGGGGCACUGUAUGUGACAACAAUUGGGAUCUACUGGACGGUCUUGUGCUGUGUCGAGAGCUCGGCUGUGGUCCUCUUACAGGGACGUACGCUGGAGCUUAUUUCGGGAUCGGUUCAGGUAACAUAUUGAUGGAUAAUUUACUGUGUACCGGGAGUGAGUCCUCACUGGAGGAGUGUCAAUUCUCUGGCUUGGCAGACAGCCUCUGUACACAUUCUCAGGAUGCAGGAGUCAUCUGCGGAGAAGUGAGAUUGGUAAAUGGAGGCAGCAGUUGUUCUGGAAGGGUGGAGGUGCUUAGAGACAAUCAGUGGGGAACUGUUUGUGGAGACAGCUGGGAUAUGACUGACGCUGAAGUUGUCUGCAGAGAGCUGGGGUGUGGAAGUCCGGUAGAGGUAAAGACAGACGGCUAUUUUGGAAGUGGUAUAGGACCAAUAUGGAUGGAUGAUGUGAAAUGUACAGGCACUGAGACCUCAGUGAAGAACUGCAAAUCAAACGGAUGGGGAGAACACAACUGUGUGCACGCAAAAGAUGCAGGUGUCAUCUGCCGAGAGGUGAAGCUGGUGAACACGAACAACACCUGUCAGGGCACAGUGCAGGUGUUUCAUGAUGGCCGCUGGGGGACAGUGUGCCACAACAGCUGGGAUAUCGCAGAUGGUUUAGUACUCUGUAGAGAGCUGGGCUGUGGUGGAAAUGCAGAGCCAUUGACAAAUGCCCAUUUUGGGGCCGGUGAGGGGCCGAUAUGGAUGGAUUCCCUAAGAUGCAGUGGAGAUGAGUCAAACCUCAGGAAAUGCCAAUUUGAUGGAUGGGGAAACCAUCAAUGCAUUCAUGCAUAUGAUGCAGGAAUCAUCUGCAGAGAGAUUAGAAAUGUGCUCAGGAUUAAGGUGAACGCUGACUCCGUCAACCCCAACGAACCUUCACACAUGACAAAACUACUGGACAAAAUUAAAAAAGAGGUCGAAAAGAAUGGAAAUUUCUCAGUCAAGUGGAGAGCUCAGCCGAAUGGGCAAGUGUUUCAGGAACAGAAAUUAUUUGAUCCCUGAAAGAAGCCAAAUUACCUUUCGUGACAAAUUCAAGAGAACAGCAGAAUCAUCCAGAUGAUGAAGAAAUUUUAAGUGUUUGUAUAUUAAAAAAGGGUUAAUACAUUUCACAACAAAAUAAAGCAUAGCAUAAAGAACAUCAUUGUUUAGGUUGCAGCAGAUCAAAGUCAGUGAAGGUUUGUCAUUUUGAAGGCCUUCAUCAGUGGUUGAAGAUGAAAGGAAAAUAAAAAUGUAAAACUGAUUUUCUUUACAUGUUAAAUAUUUAUUAGCUUUCUGAUGCAAUAUAUAUUAAUACAACAUAACCUCCUAACAUAUUUAAAUAUUCUACUGUAUAAGAUAAAUAUGUAUUCAUUUAUAUGGUGUUACAAAAAUUUAAAGCCGAUUAAUCAAGUGUCACAGAAAGUACUUUUUUUUUCUUUUUUUGAAAUACAAUUCUUGUAAAUAAAUAA